AUGAAUCUUGGGGAUGUAUUAGAAAAUACUUGGGAUUUUGGGCUAAUUUGCAAGAUAAUUCAGAAGUUUUUUUAUGGCACAUUGACCUCAACAUUCCAUAGUGACAUUGAACACGGCCAUGUUGGACGGACGACCCAACGCGAUUUCUUUACGUGGCGAUCUGCGGCUGAAGGCGACUUGAUUCAUCUCGGCGAAAAUUUGAUUCAUUUUCUCGAUGAGGUGUUGGUUCUCGGCAUGGGCUUCAUAGGAGGCGAGGUUGCUCAGUCGGAUUGUGCUGCGAAGAACGAGGAUGGUGACGAAGUCGCAGAGGAUCGUCGUUGCAGGAUUUGUGGAUCUGCCUUCCAUGGGGGAGGGCCGAGGCGGGGGCGGCGGCGUUUGCGGUGGAGAUGGUCGUCGAAAGCGCGAUGGAGGUUCGCUUUAGAACCUAUCGGCGGAAAACAAUAA